GGAGGUUUGGGUGGGGGUGUCAGAGGGGUGGGGUGUGGUGGGUUCCAGCUGCCGGCGUUGCCUUGCACAGGGUAGCAGCACAGAGACGCUGUGUGAAGACAGUCCUCUCCCCCAGGGUUCCCCCCGUGCGCAUAAGGACAGGAGCCCGGCCCGCCCGCAGACAUGUCUAAGAAGAGCGACCCGCGGGACAUCGAUGAGGAUGCCAUCCUCAAGACCCUCUCGCCCGAGGAGCUGGAGCAGCUGGAGAUCGAGCUCGCCGAGAUGGACCCAGAGAAUGCCACGCUGCCGGCGGGAAUGAGGCAGCGCGAUCAGACGAAGAAAUCUCCGACAGGCCCGUAUGACCGGGACGCGCUGAUGGGGCACCUGGAGAAGGAGGCCCUGGAGCACGAGGACCGGGCCGACCUGGUGCCCUUCACCGGGGAGAAGAAAGGGAAGGCCUUUGUUCCGAAGGCUGGUUCAGGACAGAUACCUAUUCAUGAGCAGAUCACCCUGGAGCCCGAGCUGGAGGAGGCCCUGAAGAACGCCACCGACGCCGAGAUGUGCGACAUCGCAGCCAUCUUGGGAAUGUACACGCUGAUGAGCAACAAGCAGUACUACGACGCUCUGGGCCUCGAGGGCAGGAUCGCCAACACCGAGGGCAUUAAUAGCGUGGUGAAGCCCGACACCUACAAGACCUACCCGGACGAGCCCCCCAACCCCACAAACGUGGAGGAGACCCUGGAGAGGAUCCAGGGGGAUGACAGCAGCCUGACAGAGGUCAACCUCAACAACAUCAAGGACAUUCCCAUCCGGACUCUGAAGGAGAUCUUCCACGCCAUGGCGACCAACACCCACGUGACCUCCCUCAGCAUCGCCGCCACCCGCAGCAACGACCCCGUUGCCAUGGCUGUGGCUGAGAUGCUUCAGACAAACACGACUCUGAAGAGCCUCAACAUCGAGUCAAACUUCAUCACCGGGGAGGGCAUGCUGGCCAUCGUCAAGGCAAUGGCUGAGAAUACAACCCUUAACGAGAUUAAGAUCGACAACCAGAGACAGAGGCUGGGAGACUCAGUGGAGAUGGAGAUCGCCACCAUGCUGGAGAACAACCCGAGCAUCAUCAAAAUCGGCUACCACUUCAACCAGCAAGGUCCACGAGCCAGAGCCGCCAUAGCCAUCACCCGCAACAACGACCUCCUUCGUCAGAACAGAGUAAGAUGAGGGAGUCCUCCUAUGGAGGACUGAUUGGCCUGCCAGCCCUACCCACAAUGCCCUGUUCCUUGCUACUGGUGCCCGACGACAGCCCCCCGAGAGAGAGCAUCCUCCUUGGCUGGCGUCUACGGUGCCCCCAAAACUGCCAUGUGCGUCACCCUCUGUGCCUUUGUUCGAUCGCUAGCUUUCUCUGUCCCCCCUCCCCAACCCUCCAACCCCAACCCCUACCCCCCACCCCCGCCUGUCAGAGAAAUCUCAUUUCAUUAACCUGCUCUAGCUAGCCACUGCCCUUCCUGCACUUCCUCCUGCGGGAAAUCCAUAUUUCGCAAAUCGGCCAUCCUCUCUGUUUAGGUCUAUUCGUGCUCUCCAUUGUGAUUUCACUCUGAAGAAAAAAGGACAUCCAGGAAACUAACGAUUUGUUGAGAUACCUCCGCAAAUAUCACGUUCGCAGUGCGCCAGGUACUGACAGAAGUGUUGUGUUCUGUAAAUAAUUUGAAUAAAAAAUGUUUACGUUC